AUGAACAUUUACGCGCUGUCCUUGGCGGCAGCCCUGAGCCUCUUUCUGGGCUACGGCCCGUCGCAGUGUCCGGGCACAGGCGGCGGCCAUCGCCAUGUGAUCCACCUGGACGAGGGCUGCUGGGAGCAGCUGCUGCAGGACGAGUGGAUGGUGGGCUUCUGCAUGCCCAUGGUGGAGAACUGCAGCAGGUUCGAGCGGGUGUGGAGCAGCUUUGCCACGGCCAUGCAAUGGCAGCAGCCAGGCCUGGCUGUGGCCCGCAUGCAGAUGGAGUAUUCCGGCACGCUUGUGGCACGCUUCUCGCUGCAGCGUCUGCCCAGCAUUCUGCACGUGCGCAACGGCACCUUCCGGCCACUGCCCGUGGCAUACACCCUCGACGAGUUGCUGCAACUGGCCCAGGGCGAGUGGCGCCAGGCGCAGCCACUGCCCAUUUGGCGUCAUCCCAAUGGCCGGGUCGUAGGCGCCAAAGUGCUCUACCUGCGAGCGGUCAAUGGGGUCUACGGCACAAAGUACUUGGGCGGCGACUACAAGCGGGCCACGUUCCUCGUGGGCCUGGGCAGCUUUCUGCUCUUCUCCACAAGCCUCACGGUGGCCAGCAGUCUGUACGCUCUGGCCAGGGACAAGUUGAUGGCAAAAUAA